AUCUAUAAGAAUACCAGCAAAUAAAUCACAUUUUAAUAGUUUGAGGUUAUGUCUCGACCGCCAAAUCAACGUGUGGCGGGGUGUUGUUUAUUGACUGAUUUUUAUAUUCAUACGUACUUUUUUAAUUAAAUAUCAUGCAACAAUACUUCGAAACGUUAUCUAUAAUUGUGUUAUCUUUAGCAGCAUUUAUAUUAGCUUGUAUGAUCAUUUUAAAUUUGUAUUUAAUAAAGCGUAAUGGAUUUUAUGUAAGAGUGAAUUGUUGGUUUUGUAAUAGUUGUACUAAAGUGCUUUAUCAAAACAGAAAUAGUUUUGAUUGUCCUAUUUGCGACCAAUACAAUGGAUUUAAGGAGGAUGGAAGUUACAAUAAAGUUAUAGACGCACAGCACAAUACAUCAUUCACCAAAUAUACCCAAAAGACUGAAUUUUCCGAUAACGGAUUAUGUACUUAUUGUAAUAACAAUCAGCAGCUAAAAAUUUAUCAAUUGGCGAAAUUUACCCCAAUAAAUGAAUUAAACUAUGAUAUUGAAGUUGAACAUUUUAGGAAACAGUUGGAAAAUGCCUACAAGCUAUGUAAAAAAUGUGAACAAGUUUUGAAAUCUAAGAUAAAAAUACAACACUCCUGGAUAUUUGGUAACAGGUUAAAAGAUCAACGUAAAAAAGGCUAUAACACUUUAAAACAUACAAAACUGCCAAAAAAAAUUAAAAAAAAUUCCAAUUUUUUCAAAUAUAUACGGUAUAUAUUAAUAAUUUCCACCAUUGUGAUUCUAUGUAAUUUAUUAAAUAUUAAAAUUGUGUAUCCUAAUCCUGGUAUUAAGGAACAUUUGCCAGAAGUGUUCAAUUUGUACAAAACAGUUUUUUUGGAUUAUCAGCAAAAAAUAUCAGAAGUGUUCAAAGAAUUUUCCAACAAAUUACUUCAUAUGAAUAAAUUUUUGGAAAUUAAUAUCAAAUUUAAAAAUUCAGAUAUUGCUCCUAUAACAUAUAUUGGAUUUUUUCUGGAUUUUAUGUUGAAUAUUGGAGAACAAAAGUCAUUUAUAUGGAAAAUAAAUGGAUUAUUUGGGUGGAUCCUACUAAUAAUUACUUCUUCAUUGUCAUUUAGUAACAUUUUUACUCCACAUAUUUUUGGAAUCCAGAUUUUUACAUCUUUAUCAUUAUUAUAUAUGUAUAUUUGGUCUUCAUCUUCGUCACAACUCAAUUCAACCCUGAAAGAAUAUUCAUUCAAGAAACUAUCAAAUUCAAACACUGAAGAAUCGUCAGAAGAAGAAACAGAUGAAGAUGAUCCUCGACAUUUGAGAGAUACUUCAAAAACUUUUCUCAAUGCUCGUCGCACAUAUUCUCCCUUAGGUCAUAGUAUGAAUAAUGUAUUCACCACUGCCAAAAGUGUAACAUCUACCUCAGAAAAUGACUUAACAGAUAGCUCUAGUGAUUUAAAUCGUAGUUUAGAUAAUUUACAUUUAGGUUUAAACUCACAGCGUUGUACUUCCCCGAUAUUUUCGGUAAGUAGUUCGAAACGCCCAAUUUUAUCGCCUUCUAAAUUAAAAAAUAUCACUCAAAAUCCUUGGACGGCUGGAGGAUUCUGGAAAAACGAUGUAAAUGUAUUUUCAGCAGCUACAAAUGGUACCAAUUUUAGUAGAUCCUCGAGUCAAACAUCCGGUUUUGUUUCAAACCAUAAUAACAAUAUUAAUAGGGCUUUUAAUUCAUUACCUGCAUCUAGAGAACCUUCACUUGGUGGAGACGUUGAGCGCGUUUCCUUAUUAUCCGAACCAGCAUACCAUUUUGCUCCAAUAUCACCCAAUUUGAAUCCGUUCAAUACACCAAAUUCACCACAGUUAUAUUAUAAAACCGACAAUAAUACUUUUUAUCCUGUUUUGGGGCAAAAUAGCAUGCUGUUCAUACAAAAUGGUAUAUCGCAGCAACACUUUAAGAAUAAUUCUACAAAUAGUUUUGGUAGAACUGUUCAUAGCGAGCCAUUCAAUAUUUUCAGUGACCGAAGAAGUGAUUGCUCGAUCAAAAAUUUUGGCACAAAAAAUUUGAUAUAUGAUAACAGUGAAGUGAAAAGUGUCAAUACACCUAGUAUAUAUAGCGAAAAACCAGUUAGUCCUCUAUUUAAGAAUCUCCAAAUGAGUGAUACUUUUAAAAAACCUCGAUUGUAACAUAAUGAAACUUCACCAAAAUGUUCUGUUAAAAGCUUUUGAACAUCAUGUAACUUUUCAGGCUUAAUGGGUACUACUUUUUGUAUAAUCAUAGGAUUAAGAGUUGAAAGAUUUUUUCCUCUUUUUAAGUUUUGUUUAGAAACACCAGUGUCUGAGUUGUAAAAGAUUUCACCCUUUACCAAAAUAUUAUUCGCUGAAUUUUUGGAUAUGAUAAACCCCUUUGCCUCGGAAAACUUAAAAUGUCAAGACGCCACGUUUUUAAAGUUAAAAUUUUGAUCUGCGAUUACUUCUUGUAUGUGAAGGAUCUUUAAGUCUUUGUGAAUAGUCUGGUUUGAAACGUACGAAAGGUCGUUUGUUAACAUACGUAAAAUUUUGGAUUGGCUUCUGGUAAUAGACUUAUAGGUAACUUCAUUUGAGGUUUUUCCUGGCUUGGAGAUUAGUUUGAUUUCAGUGGAUUUUAACAAUUUUGGCCAGUGAUUUAGUUUUAUGAUGGCAUUUAGUAUGUAAAGAAUUAACACAACACUUUUGAUUUGAAGUUUCCUUUUUUUUUUCUAUAGCAGUUACUUUUUCAAGAUAUUCUUUGGAAUGUUAUUUAAGUCUCUUUCAAAUUCAUUGUUAGCUUUCCUCUUUAUAAAGUCCUGAUCAGGACCCAAUUUGUAAUGUUUUUAAUCAUUUCUGUUGGUUUCUUUCUUUUCACAUUUCCAAUAUUGAGUUAAUUAGAAAUAGAAUAACUUGAAGUUCCUUUAUCUAUUAUAAUGCUCACAUUUCUUUAUUCUUGGCAUCAUUCUUUGAUUCAUAUUUUAAUUGUAUAUACACCAAUAUUUUUUAUUCGAUCUGCAUAUCUGUCAAUGGUUCACCUCCUGUAUGUAAUUAAUUAUAUAUCAACACAUUCAAGUUUAUAAACUGUUACGUGCCAUAUUUGACAACAAUACACUAGACAAGACUUACAAUAUUGAUGUUGAUUUUGAAGCAUUAAUAUCGUGUGAAAAAAAUUUCUAUCAUACUCUGAUAUCUCAUACGCAAUGGUACAAUAUUGAUCAAUAAUAAAAUUUAGUGAAAUAAACACAAAUUUUAGUCAAUUUUAGGUUACAACAUGGGGAAUAUAGAGGCUCCGGAAUAAACUAGAAACAGCCUAUUUUCUAGGCUAUAAAAGUAAACAAUCAUGAUCGUCUUCUUCAUUAUUCAAUAAUAGGUUUAUCACCUCUUCCUUCUUUGAUAUAUUUCCUCAUUCUGAUUCUUUCUAGUCUGUCUCUAUACCUCUUUCGUGGUCGGUCUGUACUUCAUAUUCCAAUUGGAAAUUUAUCCCUUGCCAUUUUUACCUGUCCAUUGUCUGUCAUUCUACUAAUAUGUUGGUUUCAUUGUUUCUUCUCCACAAUUUGUGUCUUUCUUGUCUCAGGUGUUUUACUCGUCAUAUUAUUCUUUGUUUUAUUAUUUGAUCUUCUAGUUCUAAUUGGCUCUUUUGGUGUAGUCAUAUUACACUGUUUUUCUUUAACGCGAGUCUGAACUGUUUUUCCUGAGUAGAUGGUAUGUUUCUACUAUAAAAUAGGUGAAUAAUAUCUUCCUAUUUGAUAUGAUUAAACGCUUUUGCGAGGUCAAUAAAGCAUAGGAAUGCUGGUUUGAUAUAUUCUAUCUCGUAAGAUAAAUCCUGCAUCUACAGUAUCUUCUUGAUCUGAAUAUUAGCUGCUCAUCUUCAACUGUUGUGAUCGAGUUAAUUUUAUUGGUGAUAAAUUUUGUUUCAUCGUUGUAUCCAGUAGAUUUAUCCCCAUUGUUUAUCUCGUUUUUUAAACAAAUUUAUGGCCGAUUGCAUAAUUCCACCCUAACUGGCUCUAAGGUUGCUUUAUAUUAACUUAGUUGUUAAGGUGAAGUGGUUCCAUAAUCGACUUAUAAUGGUAUCUCAAGUAAAGGCUCUUUUAAGACGUUGUAAGGAGAUUGACAAUAAUACUCUGUUCAUUUCCAAUGUUUCAUUAUAAAAAUAAACAAAAUAAAAUGUUCGAGUGAAGUUAUUUUGUCGCUAACAUUUCUUUUGGCUUGAUAUUUUGAUUUAUAAUUAAUAAUUGUAUUUACUAUUAUACGAGGGCCGUUUUUUUUUUCAACCUCUGAUCGCUCGGAGUCGUGUGUAUGGGGAAAACUUGAGUGAUGGUAUUGUACGUGAAUAGUGUCGAAAGUUUAAAGAUGUGCAAGAUGGAAGGGGCCAAGGACGCAAAUCUGUCGUUUCAGAUGAUCUGGUUCAACGAGUUCACAGAAUGGUUAAAGAAAACUGCAGAUUCACCAUUAAGUUUCAAGGUCUGUUUUGUACUCUACUUGAAUUAAUUUUGUACUCUACUUGAAUUAAUUGGCGGCAAAUUUAUUUGAAGAGGGUAUUGAAAAGAUUGUCCACAGAGAUGACAAAUGUCACAAUCUUUUCGAUGAUUAUUUCGAAAAGUAACCGUAAGUGUACCAAUCUUUUGGUAAUAAAAUUAUUGUUUUAUAUGAACUUUUUUUUAAUUUAUAGCCUAUCGGAGGUUGAGAAAAAAACAGCCCUCGUAUUAUGAAACCAGCCGUUAUAAUUAUACUAGUUUAUCACCUGACUUAUUUCAUAACGUUGCAGUAUUUUGAGGUAUGAUUUGUAAGUUCUUGAGUGAGAUGUUGGCCACCGUACAUUAGUAGUUCAUUAUGAUAAAGAUAAUGAUAAAUUAAAAUCUAUUCCGAAGCCUCUAUCCUCUCUAUGUGAAUGUACCAUUAGACUUGCGUUGAUUACUAUCAGCUCAAUUUUCUCAGUAUCUACUGCGUAACAUCGAAGCAAGUUUUGUUUAAUAAUUUAAUUGGUAAUAAGUUUUUAGGUGUGGCUUUUUUAUGUGUACCGCUAAACUGUAUAUUAUUUUGUAUAUUUAUUUGCUAAAUCAAUUAGCUCCAAAUAUAAAUGAAAAUUUUAUGAGAAAAAAAUUAAGUUUAACUGUGAUUUUAUUGUUAUUUAUUAUUGUUCAUUAUUCUGUUUAUAAUUGGAGCAAUUGAAAUUAUUUUAACAUUAAGAUUAAAAAUCGGGUAUUAGAUAGGAUUAUUCAGUUUUAAGUUAACCCUGCGGGCCGGGCGUCUCGGAACAGAUCUUAAAUUGGUGCGAUGGAUCUCAGAGACCCAUCACAAUAUAUAUUAUGUUUCACAAAUUUUUCACAUUUUUAUAUUUUGUUUUUGAAUCUUUUUUAUAAGAGAAACUUCUUUUUCUGGUCUCUGGUUGGAUAUCUUCAUCUAUAGAGGUUUUUCCUGUACCAGCAACUUGCAUCCUUUGUCUCCUUUUUCCACUUCCCAGUCUUUGAUAUUUGGCCCAUGAUGUUUUAUAAACAUAAGGUUUGUAACGUUUUUUUUUCAAAAUUCUUGACCUCAAAUCAGUGAUUAAUUGAUUCAUGAGGCUGAACCCUCGUUCACAUUCUGAUGAACUACAUGGUGUCAAUUUUGUGUAGUUUAAUAAAGGUGUAAGGUCCUCUUGAGCUAUCCUCAGUAUAAUCUCUAAAGGAGUUUAUAAUUUUUGUUUUGUUGAGCUUGAACCUUUUACAGAGAUUUUCAAUUUUUUCCUCACCAACCGUACCGAUUUUUCAGCCGGCCACUGAUCAGUUUCCAGACUUUUAAGUCUGAUAAUAGUGAGUCAUAUUCUACCUUACUGGCUGAAGUACCAUCUGCUGACGCUGAUGUUGAUUCAUGACUGGAUUUGGUAGAAAACAUUCUUCUAUUAAGAUUAUUUACUAUACUGGUUAUAAGUUGGCUAUGGUUGAUUACCUUAUUCUUUUAGUUGUUUAACAUUGUUAAAAUGACCCUCUUUCUCAGCAACAUAAGUUUCGGGGUUUCAGGUUUUUAUUUUAUGAGUUCAAAAAAUUGUAUACUUCUUCUGAUUAACUUAUCCGCAUAAACAACAGUAGUUUCUCGAUUUUCAAAAAUUCUGACAGUAUCGAAAGUUCUGUCAAAAUAUCGUACAUAACGGCAAGAUUUAGUAGGAACUGAGAUGACGAAAACUGCUUGGAGAGACCACUGUACAUAGCUCUUUCUGUAGAGGUUCUGUCUGCGUCUACUUUAGCCUUUUCAAAAUGGUUGUAUAUAGCAGAGUAUCCAUACCACACUGAAGAAACAGCUCGGAAAGAACUUGCUACCCAUCUAGUUCCCAGAAUCUUUCCUAUUUUCUGUAUUUCUUGUUCUGGCUUUGAGGCACAUUCAGGUAGUUCACGCUGAUUUUUGGGCGAUUUACUAUAAAUGGAGUAAAUUUUCCAUAAAAAUCUUGAAAAUGAUUUGCUUUACUCCAACUUCAUCGAUUGUAUCACUAAAUGCAAGCCUGUGAUUCAUGCAAUGCCAGAGAAUAAUGCCUGGAUACAUUUUACUCAGCCUCUCUGCAAAGCCUGAUUUUUUUCCUAACAUUACGCUGGCACCAUCACUCGCAAAUGAAAUCAAGUUCUCCUUCAGGUAAUUGUUAUCGAAUCCGUUGUUUUUCAAACAACCCCAGUAAACUGUCUACGACGAUUUCAGACGUUUGUUUACUCAGUUCUAUUAGGUCUAAAAAUAGAAAGUGCGGUGGAUGCUUUUUGCUGAAUUCGCACUUUAAAUAAACGAAUAGAGUGGACUUUGCACCAAGAGUAGUUGACUCGUCUAUAAGAAUUGAAACCUUUCCAGUAAUUUGUAAAAUUUCGUUAGUAAUCUUCUUUUUCAUUACAUUCGAAAUGUGGUCAACGUCGGGUCUGAGACACUUGGCAUACCCCGCCCGCAAGGAAAAAGAAUGUGAUUUUUGAUUGCCUUAUACUUUUUUUUGUAAAUUUGAAAUUUAUAAUUAUUGUUUGAUAUUCUUUACAUUCAUAUUUACAUCCAGUAAAAUGCACAACUUGAAUGAUUUUUAGUUGUAAGAUAUUUACAGCAUAUUAUAAUAUAUAGGUAGGAACAAUAAUAGAUUUGUUUCUGUAUAAUAUUAUUUAAAAUCGACGAAUAUACCCAACAGUGUUUAAUUUGUGAUCAUAAAUUUUUGUAUGAUUUAGUACUAUGGCAUUUUGCUUUUUUUUUAACUGUUGCUCUUAUUGGUCAAUUUCUCCCUCUCUGAGCAAGACGAAUAUGUUAAGGGAAAGGAUAAAAAAACACAAAAAUUUCUAAUCAACAAUUUUUAAUUUGUAUUUUGGCAAAUUAUUUUUGGAAAUUUGGAAUAAAAACUUUGGAACUUGAACAAUGUCUAGAUAAAUUUUUGAUUACAAAAAAGUGCCUAAUAUCCGUUUUUCCCGGACGGGGGAGAGGAGGUAAUAAGCUCGUUCUUCUGGAAUUUGCUGUAUUUUCUUGGAAAGCAACCAUAUUAAGUAUUUAAUUAUUGUAUGACGAAUUAAGCAAAUAUAUGGUAUAAUAAACAAACCACUUUUGAUGUAUAAUAUUUGAGGUUAGGUUUCUACUAAACUCUUUAAUUGACAGUUAUGACUGCCUAAUAGCUUAUUUGGCAAAUAACUUGGUUUAUUCGGAGGUUUAAUUAAACAGAAGGUAAAGAAACCGAAUUUUUGGUUAUUCGGCAAAUAAUAGUUUGUAGGGACUUUAUUAGGAAGUGAAGAAACCCGGUCUUAGCCUACUAUAAAAUUUUCAUCAAAGAAUAAAAAGUCAAAAACGCAAAUUAAAACUUGAAAAAAAUCGAUUAAAAAGAGUCUAUAUUGCAAAAAAUCGUAACAAAACAGCAAAAAACUUUUAUUUUUACUUUAACAAUAAACACUCGCGUCUUUUGUUUUCGUUAAGCUGUCAUAUAUUCAGUAGAGCCACAUAACUUAGGUUUUUAAUAAAAUCGAGUAUUCGUCUUACUCACACCAUGCAUAUUGUCUGGGCUUCCCCCACAUUCAUUAUUCAAUCUUCAUUCUGUCUAUUAUCUAACUUUUUUUAUUGUCCAAUUUUAUAUAUAUAUAUAUAUAUAUAUAUAUAUAUAUAUAUAUAUAUAUAUAUAUAUAUAUAUAUAUAUAUAUAUAUAUAUAUAUACUUUUCGUACAAUGAAAUUAUUGUUCGUGAUUUUCGUUCUGAACACACUGAUUACAUAUCACUCUAUGCUUGCCUCCAGUUUCAGUAACCAUAUUCAGAGGUAAACUUUGAUCUUUGAAGAUGAUAACUUAGUAAUAGAAACGAGCGUAAGAAUGGUGUAAUGUUAGUAAACAGUUUGUUCAAUAUUCUCGUCAUACUAUGUCUAUAAAAAAUUAGAAUUUACUUGAAAUAAUAAAUUUAUUAUUCUCAUAAGUAUUGGCUUUAGUCGAUUUGUGCUGUAAUAUCAAUUGUACCAAUUUUUGAAAUAUUUACUUCUAUUUAUGGAUUUUUAUUGUAACUUUAUAUAUUAAUGUAGAUAAAUAUUGAAAUAUUUUUUAAUUUGCAAAAAAUUUUCGGUUUCAUUGAUUUGUAGAUAAUUAACUCAAAUAAAAAACUCAAUAGAUUUUCUAUUUUUCAGAUUUGAGGGAUUUUGAACAUUCGCGCUGAAAAUAAAUAUAUAUUUAUUAUUUUUCCAAUUUUUAACUGUUGAGUUUUUAUAAUUACGAAUCGUAAACGAAUGUAUUCAACGUGGAUUUUCAUUUUUUCUCGAAUUAAUGUUUAAUUGGUUUGCUUAAGAAUAAGUAAAUUCUUGAGUUCAUGAAACUUAACACUGCCAAUAUUUUGCUGUAAUUGUACAAAUACAAAUAAAACCGUAUUACUCGAAAAA